AAAAAAAAGCCAAAGAUAGUUUCAUACUUAUUUCGCUUGUCAACUUUCAACAAUAUAAUGACUGGUGAGCAAAAACGGAAGCGCAGAAAGAUUCGUCCUAAUAACACGAUCGCUCUUGAACGAGCAAAGUUGGAAGGCAAAACAAAUACGAGAACGGAAGAGGAAGUCAGAAAGAAAGAACAAAAGAAACGGAAAGAUAAAUCGAAGAAGAAGAAGAGUAGUAAGCAACGUAAGUCUCAUGCUUCCACCGAGGACAAACAGUGAAAAUGGAAGAAUAGACGGAGCUAAGACUCAGUCCGUUUCCAAAGAGAAGACACAGAACGAAGAAAAGACUCAACAAUCCAAUCUGAUCAGAGCAGAACAUAACCUUCCUUUACCAACGUCAACCGCGACAGAUUCUAGCAUAGCUGUUCUUGAGUCGAGUGAAACCGAUCAGGAGCCAACACGCAGCAAAAAGCGCCAGCUAUCAAUGGAAGAAAAAUCUGUAUCUGAUUCUGAUUCCGACGAAACUGAUAAAGAAUCAGGUGCAAAACAGUCAGUAAUCACAAAGACAAUGAAUAAGGGUAAGAAGAAGGCCGAAAGAAAUUUAUCAGCAAGCAGCCCAUCAACGAACGUUAGUCUUACCAAAAAAAGCUCCGUUACCUCCAUAGAACGAAGUGCACCUUCUGAUACGGUUUACAGAACAUCGCGCAUCAUUGAGGAUUCUGAUGAAGAAUUGAAUGGUUCAAAAGAUGAUAGCGACACUGAAAACACGAAAAGUGAUAACACUGAUUUGCCAGAAGCCCAACCUCAAAGCAACAAAAGUCCUUUUUCUUGGAGCAAAGGACAUUGUGAAUCUAAUCGUAUCUCCUUCCGUAAAACACGCCCUUACGAUCCCUCAAAAUCGCCUGCAUCUAAUUUAUCUACUCGACUCAACAAUACAUUUAUACCCAGAAGAAUUGAUAAUCAAGGUUUCGUCACUUCAGACAGUGACAGUGAUGGAACAGAUACCAGCAAAGGCGAAUCAAACCGUCGUAUCAGCAUUAGUCCUUACAUAAGCGGUAGCGACAGCGACUCAACCGACUCAAAUAAUGACGAUGAUGAAAGUUAUCCACCAUGGCAGCGAACUUUGGGCUGGAGACGAAAAUCCGAAGACGAUAGCGUAUGGCCCAAACCGCGUAAAUUAGGUUAUUCUGACAAACUGCGUUUGGAGAAACGUAUCAAGAAGGUCUGUAAACAAGAGGGCAUCACAUUUGAAGAGGCACAAGAUAUUUUUUCGACCUCGAGUAAAGGGCAUCUUCGCCUCUUUCAAAGGAUUGGCAAGAUCUUUCCUGAUAUGCCACUGUAUCGUCUAGUCAAGUUAUUGAAAGAAAUGUAUCACGUCAAACGUAACGCCGCACCUUGGACUCCUGAAGAGAUUCAAGAGUUGGACAUGUUGAUAGGAAUUCAUGGUUUCAAUACAAGGAUCCUUUCCAAAUAUAUGGAUCGUUCACCAAAGAAUAUUAGUGAUUUCUAUUUCAGACGAAAAAUCAAUGAGUCAACGAAACCAUUGAAACGUUGGACCCAAGAAGAAGAUGAAAAAUUAGCACGGUUGAUUGCAACAAAAGCAUCUCGGCAUCCAAAGACUGGUCGUAUCGAAAUCGACUCAAUUGUACCGGAGUUCAACGGAGAACGCUCUAAAAAACAAAUCUAUUCGAGAUAUUACCGUAUCCAACAUCGUAUCCGUAAAGAUGGUUCAUUGAUAGAAAACCGAGAGGCGACACCUUAUGAAGAACUAGCUUAUUUGAAAAGUUUACUUGAUCAAGUGGAAAAACAUAAUUUGAUUGAAGAGUCGCAAUUAGACUUCCAAAAACACAGGGGCUUUGUCAACCAGACAUUUUAUCUUCGAAGACGCGCAACUAUAGAGGGAUUUGAGAAGAAAAAAGUUAAGGGUAAGCUAUUCUCUCUGUGCGUUGCAGAUUAGUUUUACAGCCACUGAUGUGUCUUCUUCUUUCUUUUCACAGAUAUACUCUUGGAGUUGAUUGACAGACAAGAGAAGCUCAUUCAAAGGAAAAAGGUAUUGGGCGAAUUGAAAGAGGAAGAAACUGAGAAAGAUGAUGGCGCAGAGGAGCUUUUUUCGUAAUCUUUUUUACCAUUGUUCUCUGAUAUGUAUCAGAGAUGUCUUUCACUUCUCAUUUGUUUUCUUUGUUUUCGUGGUUUUUUUUUUUAAAUAAAUUAAGUUGAAAC